UUUCCUGUGAGGUUUGUGCGAAACACGGCAAUCGUCCCUAUCCACCGUCCGGGUUUUGUUGUUGUUGUUUGCGCGGCGGUGAACUGGCGCAGAGCCGAGACAAGCAACGGAGAGACUGACACUGCUGCGCGAGAGUCUGUUGUUGUUGUUGGCUUUGAGGGUGUACGUUGAUUGGUUUGGUUUGGUGGCGGCUCGCAGGAUAAGGAACGAGGCACAGGAGAGAUAGAGGAAAGAGAAGGGGGAGGAUGCCACUGCCUCCACCAAGGUCGUCUGGCACCCGGCCAGCUGGGCACGGGACCCAGAAACCCCCACUGCCACACAAACCUUCCAGCCUGCAGGCCAAGAAGCCGCGAUUGCCAGUCAAGCCAGCGCAUCUGGCAACAUCCAGUGCUCAUCCAACGUCAUCCUCGACCACAACGGCAUCCACAACACCAUCCACAACACCAUCCACGGCAGCAUCCACGGCAGCAACAGCAGCAACAAGCAGCACGCAGCACAGUGCACCGCGAUCAACAAACCCAUUUGCUGCCGCCGCCAUGACGCCCACACCGCAGGAGCAAUCCUCGUCGUCAUCGUCAUCAUCAUUGUCGUCGCCCAUGAAACCUACAGCACGACCGCGACCCGCGCCGCCAAGCAAACCAGACAAGCUCAAGCGCCUGUCAAAGGCGCUGGCAGAAGGGGACGAGACUGCGUUGCGAACAGCCUUGCUCGAGGUCAAGCAGCAUCAGCAGCAACAGAGGCAGCUGCAAGAUCAACAACCCCAGCCGCCGUCACAGAGCAGCGCCACGGCGAGACCUGUGAGGACACCGCCACUGCCACCUUCAUCUUCCCCCGCAUCAUCACCCGCAUCUCAGGAGACAACGGCCCCUUUGCCUUCAAAGCGCAAGUCGGAGUCUCGACUGAAAAUCCCGUCUGUGUUCACAGGGCAAGCUGCACAGGCCAGCAAGAAGGCUGAGCCGCCAAGGCGGACGCCAGGCAGGAUUGCCAACCCCUUUGAAGCGCUCAUCAAUCAACAGCAGCAACAGCAGCAGCAACAGCAGCAGCAACAACAACAACAGCAGCAGCAGCAGCAGCGACGUGGGCCUUCGUCGAGACCCUUGUCAAUGGUUGGGCUGCCAAAGCCGAGAGCACGUACACAAGACGCAGCACAGCCCCCUGCAGAUGAACCACACACGCAACAGCAGCAGCAGCAGCAGCAAGAGGAGGAACAACAGCAGCAAGAAGAAGAACAACAAAAGGAAGAGCGGCCGCAGCAGCAGCAGCAGCAGCUUGAGCCGAGUGAAGAGGUAGCUGUUGCAAACACCGACCAUGCACAGGAGGAACUCCAACCCGAGCAGCUCGAUGAAGCUGUGCAGCCAGCGCAGGACGAGGCCGACAUCGCGCAGCAGCAGGCGCAGCAGCAGCAGCAGCAGCAGCAGCAGGCCGAUGAGGAGGCAGCAGCCGUUGACACGAGAGAAGAACACGACGAAGACCAAGAGCAAAAGAGAGAACGACGAGAGGGGGAGGAGGAAAGGGAGAAAGCAGAACAGUCUGGCGAACAGAGCCAGGUUGAGGGCGCGGAGGUAAAGACCCAGGCGGAGACAGCACAGGAGGAAGCAGCGGCAGCACACGAACUAAGCAUACAACAUGAGCAGUCUGGGCCUGAGCAGAACGCACCUGUGGAGGCUGAGGCGAACGCAGAUGCCGAGACAACAGCCGGUGGCCACGCUGAGCAGCAGCAAGAGCACACAACGGCAGCAGAAACAACAGCGGCAUCUGUUGAACAGAAGCUGCUGCAAUUGGGCGAGCCACCCAAGAACGUCCAGGUGUCUGGACAGACAUACGCUGUCAAAUUCCAAGCAGUGGCAUGUCACGACUUUGAUGGCACCGAGGCGGACGAGCUUGCACUGCGCACCGGAGAUCUCGUGAAUGUCAUUGAUAACAAUCCAUCCUGCCCAUGGUGGUUUGGGGAAUGCACGGGACGAUGUGGGUUCUUCCCGUGCGAUUACGUCCGUGCACACACGGCGGAGACAUCCACCGAUGAAGACACAGUUUCAACACCUGCUGAGCAGCAGCAGCAACAGCAGCAACAGCAGCAGCAGCCCAGCGAACAGCAGGCGGAAACAACAGCGCCAUCAUGGAAUCGCCAGUCGAAACCGCGCAGCCGACCCAUCUCAGUUGCAAUGGGGGAUGGUUUUUCGGCCAUGAAUCCGUUUGCUGCUCAAGGAGAUGACAGCAGUUCACACACCCAACCGCAACAGCAGCAGCAACAGCAAGAGCAGCAACAAGAGGAGGAGCAACAAGAGGAAGAGCAGCAACAGCACCAACAAGAACCGCAGCAAGAAGGGGAGAGCAAGGGCGAGCCAGCGGAUGAGCACGUGCAUACGGGUGAUGUGGGUGAGGAAGGCAACACAGAUGAUGAUGAGGAGGAAGCGAUGAUGGUCGACAGUCAGGAGGCGGCAGCAGACUACGACGACGAGUUUGAUGAGGAGGAGCCGCUGUAUGCGCGUGCGCUGUACGACUUUGCAGCGACGUCCGACUCUGAGCUGUCGUUCCAUGCGGGCGACACCAUCGAGAUUCUCAGCUGCGAAGAGGACGAUCCCUGGUGGUCUGGCGCUAUUGGCGAACACGAAGGUUGGUUCCCUGCGUCGUAUGUGAAGCUGCUGGAAGACGACGACGCGACAGUCGAAGAUAUGCAACAGCAGCAGCUGCAGCGCGCCCUCGACCCGCAUGUGGAAAAGAUGGCAGAGAAGCGCAAGAAUGUCGUUGCAGAGAUUGUCAAGACAGAAGAGGACUAUGUGUCGAAGCUGGCAAAGGUUGUGACGGGUUAUGUCAUUCCAAUGCGGCAACGCAUCGGGCAGCUGUUCGACGAAGAGAGCAUCAACGUCAUCUUCGGCAACAUUGAGCAGAUCCACCAGCUCAACGAGAAGUUUCUGCGGGAACUGCGCCCAGCGGCGGAAAACGACGCUGUUGGCCUGUGCUUUGCGAACCACUCUGAGCGGUUCAAGGCGUACUCCAUCUACUGCAACAACCACCAGAAGGCGACGCAGGAGCUUGACGCCGUGCAGAAGGGCGACAUCCAGAUUGAGUCGUUCCUUGAGGGCUGCCGCCUGAUCAUGGGCGAGAAUGAACUUGAGCUGCCCGGUUUCCUGCUUGAGCCCGUGCAGCGCGUGUGCCGCUACCCGCUUCUCCUCAAGCAGCUUGUCAAGUACACCCCGGAGAACCACCCCGAUCACGCAAACGCUGUCCAGGCUCUCACACAGAUGGAGGCGAUGGCUGCGACCAUCAACGACGACCGGCGGCACAAAGAGGAGCUUGAUCGCCUGCAGCGGAGUCUCGAGAACUGGACGGGUCCCGACAUCGCCACGUGGAGCACGCAGCUCAUUCACGACGGCCCGCUCGUCAAGAUUUCGGGGCGGAGUGCACAGGAGCGCUACUUCUACCUGUUUGAUAACCUCAUGAUCUAUUGCAAGCGCUCACUCAAGGGUGCGCUUGUGGUGAAGGGGAAGAUCUUCACCGACAACAUGUCCAUCAUCAACAUGCCAGACGACACUGAUCACUUUAAGAAAACACCCCUGCGCCACGCCAUCAAAAUCAAGAACGACAAGAAGGACAAGUGGUACAUCCUAUGCGCCAAGUCAGACGAGGAGAAAGAACGUUGGCUGGAUGCGUUUCUGCAAGAAAGAGCAAAGUCGAAGGCGGACAAAGACGCCGGCAUUUCGCUCAUCAACUCCGCAGCGGAACGCGCCGCAUACCAGAACAAAGGAACGGUGAAGACGGGCCGUGCUGCAGUUGUCCGCAAGUUUGAUCGCAAGACCAUCAAGUUGCAGCGCCCGUUCCACAGGGAUUGA